UAAUGUCGAAAAAGCAGCAGCCUCAUGUAGUUUUGAUCCAGUUUUUGUUGUUGCUGCUGCUGCUGCUUAUAAUCAACCAUAGAUUCUCCAGGUAUAUUAGAGUUGACAUAAGAAGAGUUAGAAAGCAAAGAGAAUAUCAAGAGUCUUCAUCUUCACCAUCUCUCGUCAAGCUCAAUAUAUCUCAGAAAAAUGUGGAGAUAGACAACGGCAUCAUCAAACUCGUUUUGUUGAAUCCACACGGCAUGAUCUCAGCGGUCAGUUACAAAGGAAUCAACAACGUGCUUGAACCUCGUAAUAAACUAACUCAACGAGGGUAUUGGGAUAUAGUUUGGUACAGACCAGAUAUAAACAUAGGAAAUUUUGAACCAUUCCAAAGUAAAAAGUUUAGAGUAAUAGCAAAUACAAAAGAAUACGUAGAGGUUUCUUUCACAAGUACGUGGAAUAAUGUUUCCUCUCCAAAAGAUAUGGCUCCCCUCAAAGUCGACAAGAGAUUCAUGGUUCUUCGCGGGGUGUCCGGUUUCUACACAUACGCUAUAUUCGAGCACCAAGAAGGAUGGCCCGAUCUCAACAUUGUCGAGGCUAGAAUCGCUAUCAAGCUUAAUAGCGACAUAUUUCAUUACAUGGCUAUAUCCGACGACAUGCAAAGAAUCAUGCCAACGGAGCGAAAUAGGCGAUCAGGUCGACCGCUUAUAUACAGGGAAGCCAAGGUGAUUACAAAUCCCCGAAAUCCAAACCUUAAAGGAGAGGUCGAUGAUAAGUAUCAAUACUCCGUAGAUAACAAGGAUAACCGUGUCCACGGAUGGAUUAGCACUGAAAAACAAGUGGGAUUUUGGGUGAUAACACCGAGCGAUGAGUUUCGGGGGGGUGGACCUAUCAAACCCGACCUUACAUCCCAUGUCGGCCCUACUAGUUUAGUUAUGUUUCAUAGUAGACAUUACGCUGGAGAAGAUUUUGGACUAAAAUUACGCAAAGGGGAGCCAUGGAAGAAGGUCUUCGGCCCAAUUUUCAUGUAUCUAAACUCGGAUUCGACCAAUUCAACAACUACACUAUGGAACGAUGCUAAAGAACAGAUGUUGAAGGAGACGAGUAAAUGGCCUUACGACUUCCCUGUAUCGAGCGACUUUCCUCGUGCCAACCAACGUGGGGCAAUUUGUGGUCGAUUGCUAGUUAGAGACAAAUACAUUGACACAAAACUCGUACCUGCAAAAUUUGCAUACAUCGGAUUGGCUCCUCCUGGAAGUAAGAAAUCCUGGCAAAACGAUGUGAAGGGUUACCAAUUUUGGACACGUACAAACAAGACAGGCUACUUCACCAUAAAAAACAUCCGAGCAGACAAAUAUAAUUUGUAUGCUUGGGUUCCAGGGAUCAUUGGAGACUAUAAGAACCGUGAUAUUCUGAUCAUUCAACCAGGAAACCAAGUUCAAAUGGGAAAUUUGAUACACAAACCUCCGAGAAAUGGUCCGACUCUUUGGGAAAUAGGGAUUCCUGAUCGUAGCGCAGCUGAAUUCUACAUACCUGAUCCCGACCCAAACCUUGUGAACAAGUUGUUCCUCAACAAAGACAAGUAUAGACAAUAUGGAUUAUGGGAUAGAUAUACAGACAAUUAUCCGAAGCAAGAUUUGAAGUACAAGGUCGGAGAAAGUGACUACCGGAAAGAUUGGUUCUUUGCUCAUGUAAAUAGGAAGAUUGGAAACGGCAGCUACAUACCGACCACUUGGGAAGUCUCAUUUGAACUAAAAAAUAUCGCUACAAAUGGAAGUUACACUCUUCGACUAGCAUUGGCAGCUGCAACCGUCGCGCAUAUACAAGUACGAAUCAACAACCCAAAUGUCGCCUGGCCCCAUUUUUGGACAGGAAAAAUAGGCAAGGAUAAUGCGAUAUCAAGACAUGGCAUUCGUGGAGAAUAUUGGUUAUUCAAUAUUGACAUAUGUGGAUGCCGGCUCGUCAAUGGAGAAAAUAAGCUAUAUCUAUCGCAAGUGAAAACGGACUACAGCCCUUUCAACGGAGUUCUCUAUGAUUAUAUUCGAUUGGAAGGACCAUCAGAAGGUUAACGAUUAGGCAUUGUCCAACUUUGUUUUUCCAUUUUUUCCCCCUUUCUUUUACAUCAAUCUAGUUCAAUGUUAGACAUUAGUUUUCAUGUCAUUACACUCUUUACAUAGAAAACUUCUAAGACAUGAGUUGAUGAAUAACAAUGUAUUAUACUAAAAUGACAUUCAUGAGAAAUAGAAAUUGUCAGGAAAAAGUGUUCUAGGCAUAAGAUUCCGAAACCGGUCUUACAAAUCCAGCACAAUACACCAUUAAAGCUAUUCCCUUUCAUGUGGACGAAAAAUGUUCUAUUUUGAGCAUAAAAUGGC